GACUGAACUGAUGCAGGUUCAUUAGAAAGAAGGGGAAUCUUUGAGAGACUAUAUGCAACGAUUCAACAAUGCUACUUUAGACAUUGAUAACGUCUUCGAUACCAUCUGCUUGGCUGCCUUACUGCAUGGUUUGAAGCGUGGUCGGUUCCUAGACGACCUACUAGAGAACCCACCAAAGACGUGGAAAGAAGUAAAUGACAGGUCUCAAAUCCUAGCACAAGUUCAGCACUGGAUUAGAAGACCUCCAGCCCCACUGCAUGAUUCCCCAAGAGCAGACAAGAGCAAGUAUUGUGACUACCAUUAUGCAUACGGUCAUAAUACAGAAGACUGUCAACACUUAAAGGAUGAGCUGGAGUUCUUAGCUCGCAAUGGGAAAUUAGAAGGAUACGGGCAGAGGUUCCACCUCGGCAACACACAGGACGUAUAUCAGGAUAAUCAAUAUCCUUCUAAGCAGGGUAGAGCGUACAGGGGCCGUCAAUUCAAUAGGCGAGGCCAAGGACAGAGGACUACCACCCAAAACCAAAAAGACAGGAAAGGGGUGAUGACUGUUAACAAGAACAGACCCUUGAAGUGGCCAUUCGAGGAGGCGGAGUGGGAGAAUGCACCCAUUACAUUCAGCCCGGUAGAUUAUAAGCGAGCAGACGGAGAGCCCAACGUUAUGAUGCCUCAUGCAGACCCUUUUGUGGCAACGGUUCAUAUAGGCAAUCAUAACGUCAACAAGGUCUUCAUUGAUAUUGGUAGCUCACCAGAUAUCCUAUAUUGGAGCGACUUUCAAAAGAUGCAACUGAAUCCGAGCUCGCUGCAGAAGUAUGAAGGGCCCAUAUAUGGGUUUGAUAACCAACCCGUCCCGGUUGAGGGAGUUAAUACUCUUCCCAUAUAUGUGGGCUCAGAACCACGCUUCAGGAUGGCUUCUGUUAGCUUUCUGGUCGUCAAGAUGGAGUCAGCUUUCAAUGCUAUAUUAGGAAAAGCCACCAUGUGCGAGCUGAAGGCUGUUAUUCCACAACCCCAUCUCUGUAUGAAAUUCUCAACUCCUCAGGGGGUAGGGGUGCUUAAGGGGAACCAGAAGAUAGCCAGAGCCUACUAUCAAGAUACAUUCAAGAAAGUUGAGCUCGCUACAGCCCCGAAAGGCUCUUUUGAAAAUCACAGGCCAACUCAGCUCGGUCAACAGACAAUGAACAUAUCAGACAUUGAGCAUCGACCUGAGGGUGUCGAACAGAAAGCAGAGUCGAUAGAACCAGUGGAAGCAGUCCCCCUAAACCCUGAUGUGCCGAAAAGAACAUUGACAGUCCACAAGCUCAGCACGAACCCCACCAAAAGGUCGGUGGUUCAAAAACGUCACCUUUUUGGCCCUGAGAAGCAAGCUGCUAUAGAUGAAAAGAUACAAAAGUUAUUACAGGCAGGCUUCAUCAGGAGAGUUGAAUACUCUGAGUGGGUGUCUAACCCUGUGCUCAUAAAAAAACCAAAUGGCAAGUGGAGGAUGUGUAUUGAUUUCACCAACUUAAAUGAGGCGUGUCCAAAAGACCCUCACCCCUUGCCAAAUGUUGAGAAGCUGGUAGAGCGAGCAGCCAGACAUGAACGAAUGAGUUUUCUUGAUACCAGUUCGGGUUAUCACCAGGUUCAACUGCUGUUGGACGACCAGGAGAAAACAGCUUUUUAUACUGGUGAUGCAAUCUACUGCUAUGUCAUGAUACCAUUUGGCUUGAAAAAUGCAGGCGUGACAUAUCAGAAGCUGGUGCAAGUCGUCUUUAAGCUCCAAAUCGGCAGGAAUAUUGAAGUAUAUGUGGACGACAUAAUAGUAACCAGCAAGCGAGCUGAGGAUCACAUAGACGACCUGAAUGAAACAUUUCAAAACUUGCGCAGAACCCAAAUGAAGCUGAAUCCCCUGAAGUGCACAUUUGCUGUGGAAUCAGGAAAGUUCCUAAGGUACGUGGUAUCAAAGAAAGGAAUUGAGGUAAAUCCAGAGAAGGUUCAGGCCGUUCAACAGAUGGAGCCUCCCAAGACCGCGUUUGACGAGCUCAAACGAUAUCUGGCGUCAGCACCUCUGCUGUCCAAGCCUAAGGAAGGGGAGAGUUUAUACCUGUAUUUGGGGGUUACAGACGAGGCGGUGAGCUCGAUUUUGCUAAGGGAAGAGAAUAAACAUCAAAAGCCUAUUUGUUAUGUGAGUAAAGUUUUACAAGGCGCAGAGCAGAACUACUCACUAGUAGAAAAGGCUGUUUUUGCCCUGGUAUACACAGCUCAUAAGUUGAGAGCUUACUUUCAAUCCCAUCAAAUUGUUGUCUAUACCGAUCUACCGUUGAGGAAGAUACUGCAGAAGCCUGAACUCUCUGGUUGGCUUAUCGGGUGGAGCGUCGAGCUGAGUGAGUACGACCUCAAAUUUCAGCCGCGCACAACCAUAAAAAGGGCACAGUGGAAGAAAGGAUCGGGUGCUGGGGCUGCUAAUAUUGAAGGAUUGGGUGCUGGGGCUGUGUUAGUGGGCUCAGAUGGCUUUAAAUCCGAGCAUGCAUUGAGGUUUAAGUUUCAGACAACAAAUAAUGCUGUAGAAUAUGAAGCCCUUAUUUAUGGUUUGAAGCUGGAGUCCGAGCUAAAAGUACAGAGCAUUCAGGUUUUUAGUAACUCUCAGCUCGUUGUGGGACAAGUGAAUGGUAGCUGUGAAAUCAGGGAUCCUCAGCUUGGUCGUUAUGCCUCUGUGGUCAACGGAUUGAAAUCAGGAUUUGUAUCUUUCCAGAUCGACAAGAUUCCCGAAGCAGAUAACCAGCGAGCUGACAAGCUAUCAAAAUUAGCCUCCUCACAAGACAUCAACCCUCGAAGAUCAACAAUUGUGGAACUGGACCACCUCGCUCAUAGAGUAUCUUUCCAGAUCGACAAGAUACCCAAAGCAGAUAACCAGCGAGCUAACAAGCUAUCAAAAUUAGCCUCCUCACAAGAUAUCAACCCUCGGAGAUCAAUAAUUGUGGAAGUGCUUGACGCCCCGAGCUACACUGAUUUCACAAUCGAGUGUCAGCUGCUAAGCACAGAUCCCUCUUCACCGAGCUGGACCACCCCGCUCAUAGAGUAUCUGCGAAGUGGCGAGCUGCCUGAAGAUCCAUCCACAGCAAAGUUGAUUAAACGCAGGGCGGCACAUUUCACACUAUUAGAUAAUCAACUCUACAAGACGCAUAGAGCUAUGUCAAAAAGUGCCCGACUUGCCAGUUCAAUGCUGAUGAUAUCCAUAUGCCAGGGAGUUGAUCUGCUCGGCCCUUUCGUGAAAGGUAAGGGAGGUUGCACUUACCUCGUUGUCGCGGUGGAUUACUUCACCAAAUGGAUAGAAGCCAAACUAUUAUCCACGACAACAGAGAAGAAAAUAGAGGAAUUUCUGUUCAAUUCAAUAUUAUGCAGGUUUGGCAUACCUAAAUGGAUCAUUGCUGACAAUGGUCCACAGUUCCGAGCCGCAGCACUGAGGUUGUUCUGUAACGACUAUGGCAUUGAGUUUGCCUUGACUUUUAUCUCUGCCACAGGCGAAACCCCAUUCAGGCUUGCCUAUGGAGCUAAGGCCGUCAUCCUUGUAAAGGUCAUACUGCCAUCUGAUAGAGCAGGUCAACACAACAAUCACAGCAAUGAGCAACUUUUAAGAGAGAAUCUAGACUUUGUAGAAGAGGUCAAGGAGAUGUCUCGAAUAAGAAACAUGGCGCAUCAAAGUCGUGUCGCUAGAUUUUAUAAUAAGCGAGUUCGAGCUCGUCAAUUUCAAGUUGGCAAUCUGGUUUUGUGCAAGGCUGGGCUUACUAAUGCUUACUCGCAUAUGGGGAAACUUGCACCAAACUGGGAAGGUCCUUAUAUGGUUAUUUGUGUUAAGCGACUUGGGUCUUAUCAAUUAGCAGAUUUACAAGGUCAUCCAUUACCAUUCAUUUGGAACAUACAUAACCUUAGAAAGUUUUACAGUUAACAUGUAUGUUAUUACUUUGUCCAGGUCAUUACUGAUCAAUUGUAAACGACAAUGUACAGAAAAUUCAACACAAAAAUUUCAAAAGAAAAGAUUCAACUUUGU